AUGUACAAGGAUGGUUUCGAAGACAGUCCAGGGUCCGACAACACAGAGGACAAACAACUUCGGGAUGCCCUUGACAAUGGCCACAUGAGGCACCUACAGAAGGUCCCGACCCCUCUGGUGGCGGACGAACUGUUUCAGCAGAGGCCGAUGUACCCCUUGAUCAUCUACAACCGGGUGCCCAAGACCGGCAGUACGUCCCUCACCAGCCUACCCUACACCCUGUGUGAGACGCUCAGGUACCACGUCCUUCACAUCUGCACGGUGGAGCACACGCAGGUGUUGUCCGUCCAGGACCAGAUCGGCAUCGUAAGAAAUAUCUCCAGUUGGUCAGUCAAGCAACCUGGUUUCUUCCAUGGUCAUUUUGCAUACCUAGAUUUUCCAAGAUUUGGCUCACAUAUAAAUCCCAUUUAUAUCAACAUGGUACGGUCACCGCUAGACAGGUUUAUCUCCUACUACUACUUUCUGAGACACGGGGAUAAUUUCAGACCAAGUUUAUCAAGGCAUAGAGCAAGGAGUAAUGAGCAGAAAGCUGAGGAUGAGGGACUCUAUACGGACCUGCCUCAUAUUGCUGUAUAUUGUGUAGCACUAAGUGAGAUUGGGAUCGGCGGUGCCUUGUAUCAGAACAAAUAA